AUGACCAAGACCAGAGCUCAGAGCUCGACCUUACCUGACGGUGAGGCUGAACAAGGGCCAACUCCCAUCUUCGCGCCUAUCCUUCCCCCGCGAAUCACCAAGACAUCCCAUGCGGCGUUGGUGAAGUGGCGUAAGGAACGUUGGGAAUACGAGGACACCAUCUGCAAUCGCGCCAAGGGCGAUACGGAUGAUUUGAUCGUCCCGAUCAAGAACACCUUUGACGAAGGACUUCUUCGGGAGUGGUGCCGUCUCCAAUGGAAGGAAAUUGAGAAAAUCAUUUCUUCAGUGAAAAUCAACAGUGUGUCUGAUAUUGACCAAGAAAUGGCCGAAAACCUGCGCAUGGACUUUAGUGGAAGUGAUGCUCAUGAGCGAGUGAUCCAAUAUUUAAAACUCUGUCGCGAAAUAUUUGAUGAUCACGAAUGGCGCACUUUCUUCACAGGACUUGAUGGAACGAAGCAGUUAUGCUCUAUUCUGAUCAAGUCGCUGGAGCCCAAAGCCCUGAGAGAGGAGGUGGACCGGACGGCGCGCUUCCAAGUGCGCAAGGCACGAGAGGACGAAGUCGUACUGCACGACUUGAUUCCUGAGAAGGCACUCGACCAUGAGAAGGCUUUUCAAAGCCAACGACGCGCCAAGCGCGAUCGCGGCCGUGGAGAUCGCGAGCCUAAUCUUGCGUCCGUGUGUACAGGCAGCAAGAAACCUGUCAAGAAACCGAGGCUGGCGGAUGCGACGAGUAGUAUUGGCUCACAGCCACCUACCAAGUCCAUCACUGACCACCCGAAAGUGCCGCUGAUCCCCGUGCCCUCACUGCAGCGAUACCUGUUGAAGACGCUCGGUAUCGACAUCAACCGGCAGUUGGAGCAGCUAGCUGAGCGUGAGAGAGAUGACGACGCCUGUUUAUCCGACAAUGACAGUGCACCUAUCUCUACGUCAGCUCUGACGGAUGUCAAUUUGAAGGAAGCUGUUGAGCAGCUAGUGCAAAAGGCAUUAGAGCACGGUUUCCCAAAGAAUCUGAGCAACAGCUCCGCGCCAUUGCUCUAA